AUGUCAACAACAGAGAACACAACAACUGCUAUCGUUCAUGAAGACAUAAAUGAAGAAUACGAGUGGGUUCAGUAUAACAAACAGUUACGUCUCAUUCGUUCGGUCAAAGACGAUAUGUACCAAGUGCAAAGUAUUUUGACAGCAUGUUUUGCUCCAGAUACCAAGAAACCACAAGACUGGUUUAGGAACCAAAGCACUAUUGAACUAUUAAAUGAAGCUGAAAAUUCGACUACGGAUUUUCUCGUAGUCGCAAAAACUCAUGAAAAUCGUGAAGAACAGCGAGUAAGUAAAAAACCCCAGUCGCCAAAACUCUAUGAAAAUCGUGAAAAAUUGCCAAACGGUUUGAGAGGAUAUUAUGUACAUAGACUUCUUGUAAAUGCUGUUGCAAUGUGGGCUUCACCUCGUUAUGCUUGGUAUAUUUUCAUGAUGUUAGAUGAAAUUCAUAGACAAGAACGUGAAGAGCUAGAGAACAAGCUUGAAGCAAAAGAUGAAGUCAUUGAAGCAAAAGAUGAAGUCAUUGAAGCAAAAGACAAAAACAUACAGAAAAGAAUACCACGUUCGGUACCAAAAGGAAAGGAAAAGAACUAUAAGUAUAUGAUUUAUACUGAAGAGAUGGAAAAUGAAGAAGACAGAGAUAUGGUUAUGUUGCAUUUAGUCAGAAGAAACAACAAAAGCUUUUACGACCUUGCUAAGAUUUACAAAUCUGACAGAAAUUGGUUCUAUCGCGAAAACUUACCGAUUUCAAUGACACCAAAUGAAGAUGUGAAACAAAUAGUUCAAGAUACGUUACCUCAAACACACUAUGAUAUUAAAGGUUGUACAAUACUUACAUUCAAAGAAGAUUUGCCGCUACUGAAAGAAAAAAUAACAGAGUAUUUUGACAACUUCAAACAAGCAGAGUAA